UCGCGGUCAGUUGCGUUUUCUAAUCAACCCAGCCCAGCCCAGCCCAGCUGCCGCCUAUUGAACUUCUAUUAAACGUCUCAGGCUCUUCAGGUUCCCGUCACUCCACCCAGUCGCCAUCUCUGUAACAUAUGCUGGUACCUCGCCUCGAGCGUUGUCAAUAUUCUCAGCCCGGACUUUCUAAAUCUGGACAGCUCCCGCCUGCACUUGUAUCACACCACAAUCCUUGCGCCACUCGCAUCCUCAACUGUGGGCUCGGAUCGUUUUAACAAACCAUUCAGAGUGCCGUUAGAAGGCGCUUGUGACUUACACCAACGCUUCAAAUAGCCUGACAACGCCCCCCUCCGGCAUGGUUCACCAUGCCGUCCAAAGAGAGGGCUGUAGUUGACGUUGACGUUGACGUUGACGUUGAUGUUGACGACCGUCCACGUGAGACCCGAUCUCGAACCAAGACCGAGAAGAAAGAGAGAGACCGGGACAGAGACAGAGAUCGGGAACGAGAGAGGCAUAAAGACCGUGACCGCGACCGAGACCGAGACCGCGACCGAGAGAAGGAUAAGGGCAGGGAACGUGACAAGGAAUCCUCGUUAUCCUCGUCUCGGCCUCACAAGUCCUCGCGCUCCUCCAAAUCCAAACCGACGGAUAGCGAGACGAACUCACGAUCUCACCGCCGACACAGAACCAAGGACAAGGAGAGAGAGAGAACCAAAGACGAUCGAGGCGACCCGCCAACUGCCUCCGCAAUGGCUUACCUCGUACCGGAGCUCUCAAGGACUCAUUUGUCCAGCACCACGGAUCGAGUCAGUCUGCCAUACCCGACCUUUAGCAAGGCACAUAGCAAGGAAUACAUACAGAGCAAGGACGAUGUGACGAUGCGGGCGGGACGAGGCACUGAUCCGCUCACACCUGAGCCCACGGACUUGGGAAGUGCGGAAAUGAGAAGGACCAAGUCAGCGGAUUCGCCUGCCAGUCGAAAAGCUUCUUCAUCGCGGAGGCAGUCACCCAGGGAUACCCGACCGCCUACUCCCCCCGAUACAGACCUCUCUGCGGCGAAGAAGGGUAGAGACGCACCGACGUCGGCGAAGGAAGGAGGUGAGGCAGAAUCGAGACCGAGAUCCCGAGCGUCCUAUGCCUCGAGGUCCACCACCAAGGAUGACAAGUCCCGGGUCUCAAAGGUUUCAAGCCAGGCGACCUUUGUCAGGGCGCCAGCUUCCAAGCCAUCCCAUCUCGGAACGAACAGGGACGGAGAAUAUGCCGUGAACAACGGGCGAAGAUCAAGCACCCCUCGUUCUCCCGCAGUCGACGUCGCCGACGGCGACUUGUCUUCUGAAUCCGCGCCGGACUCGUCACCAAAGACGCCUACCCAAACAGCCCAAUUCCCUCCAACCGCCGCCUUCCCGAACGAGAAGCAGUAUCAGCAACAACCCAAUAUCAGGGUUGACCAGACCGACAGCAGAGGCCCGACUCCAUCUCAGAUACUGGCGAAUGAUUUUGCCGCGCGGCCGCCUCCGCCUCCGCCACCCCCUCCGUUGAACAUACAAGAAGCUCCACGGGUCGAUUAUCUUUUGCAGAACGGCGGUCUGCCGCAACCUAUUCCGAGAAACUUCCUCGCAGCGCUCCCCCGACAGAGUGGAACCCGACCUUCCAACCCACCACUUCGAGGCGCCGAGACACUCUUCACCCCCUUCGUUAAUUUACUUGACCAGUAUCAGACCGUCUUAUCGUCCAAUGGCUCGGUUGCCGUCGCUACAGGUCAUCGGACAGUCGCCCGGCGGCUCCUUGAUCGGCUGGAGAAUGUCUUCUCACGAGACUUGCCGCCAGAUGGGUGCUCAUGCAUCAUGUGCGAACGCUCAGGGGAACCCCACCGAGGAUUGGGCUGGGGCGAAGUCCUCGAGAGAGUUAGCGGGCGCAUCGGUCUCCCUCAAUGGCCGCCGUUCGACCUCGCGUCGAUGACGAGCAGAGCGACCGAAGACAUUGCAGAUCUGCCAGUCAGGCCGGCAUCGCCGGUGAAGAUGGAUCCCGAUAUUGCCGAAGAGUUUAGGGAGCACUACCUUAGACAGUCCAAGCGAACCCGAGCAGCAGUCGACAAAUGGAUGUUGAAUGUUGCGGAAUCGCCCGCCCCACCGCCGCAAGAGGUCGACGACGAGACUCUAUCCUUCGCUAUCCUGACCAACCUUGAUCCGGAGGACAGGCCAUUCUUCAACGCCCUUCUCCUGGGCUUAAGAGAGGUGCAGCCAAUAGUCAGGGCCCCGACCCCGCUGCGCAGACCGCGUAACGACUUCGUCAUAAGGUCCGGCCUAGCGUUGCAGAGACUGUACAGGCUCCAACAGGCGCCACGAGACGGCGAGACGGCCGUAUACCUCGUCAAGAACCCGCACAUGCACGACCUCCUCCGCACCAUCACCGACAUCAACCCCUCCGAGUGGGAGAUCCUCAUCUCCGGCCGGUUCGACGGCUUCCUCUGGUCCGGCGCCGACGCCGACGACGCGAUCACCCCUACCGCCGAGAUACCCUCGCGCGGCCAGACGCCCGCCAGCAGCGGCUUCUUCUCGCCAACGAGAACGGCAGCCAUGAGCCCGGCGGGCAUGGCCCGUCACAGCAGCACCUCAGGGCUCGGCCCCGGCCCCGGUCCCGGUUCGCGCACGACCACGCCCUUCAGCGCCUACUCGCGCGGGGCGACGCCGGCGUCCUUCGUGAGCGGCGGCGGCGGCUCCGCGUCGUCGUCGCCGGGCUACCCCAGCCGGCACGCCGUGUCCAACGACGAGGAGACGGAGCUGGCGGCGCUGGCCGAGGUGGAGCGCGACAUCUUCGCGGGCAUGGAGGCGCUCGAGGACGCCUUCGAGAUGCUCCACCGGCGCGCCGAGGCGGUGCGCACGGCCCUCCGGCAGCGCAGCGCGGGCCUGCAGCUCAGCCUGCAGCACCGGCGCGGGGCCGGUGCCGCGGGCAUCGACGUGCUGCCGUCGUCGGGCGGGUCGGCCGCGUACGAGAGGCCGGCGUGGGCGCAGGCGGGCUAUGGCCACGGCGGCGGCGGCGGUGGCGACGAGGAGAGCAUGGCCAGCGAGAGCGACUGGGGCGGCGACGACGCCGAGCUGGCGCCCGAUGACUCGGCCAGCAAUAUCAGCAGCUCGAGGCACAGGCGGCCGAAGAGGCGGAACGAGAGGAGGACCCCUGCGCCGAUCGAGGAGGAGGAGGACGAGUGAGCGGUCUCUCUCUCAGCCAGCCAGCCAGCCGCAUCGUGUGUUGCUUUUCUUACUAUCUCGGCGCUUCAUAUCCGUGGCUCUCGUAGGUACAUUACGGGACUCUCUGGUUGUUUUAUUGGUGUUCCACUAUCGCACGAUACAUCGACCCUAGAAGAAAAAAGAGGGCGAUGAUCAGAAAGACUGGAAGAACGACUCUCAAGGGGAGCACCGGUUGGCUUUACUGGCUUUUUUUUCACAUUAUACCUAUUCGAAAGUAUUGUCUGGCAUAGUCAAGCUGGGAGAUUCCAUCCUUUCAGGAAUAAAGUGGGAAUCUCGUAGUGUGUGUAUGUGUGUAUUAUUCAAUUCAUGUCGAAAUCGUUGCCUUCUGUCUCCCAACUAGCCACCGA